AUGCGCAACCUCAGAAAUGUGCGUCUUGUCGAGACGCAGAUUGAAGGCGACCUUCCUCUGACUGCCACGACAUGGGACACUUCGUCAGACUCGGUGGUGUGCACCUUUGGUCCCGCGGAGAACAACCCAAUCAUAGAAGUGCGGCGAAAGCGCCCCGAGGUCAUUUCAACUGACCCCCUCUCGCCUGAAUCACUUGAAUGUAUUGCAUCCUGGGAUGCUCCAUGCCCCCUGCCAGAUCUGGCAUGUGAUCGCAUACUUUCUCUGCACUUCUUCGCCGACAGCUUGACUACCUGUCUAGUCUUGGAGGGAGGAGAUAUCGUCGUCGUUCGCGAAGAGCCUCUUCCCAAUGAAGACAAAAUUGAGAUUGUGGGCUCAGUUGACGUCGGAAUCACCGCUGCAGCAUGGUCCCCUGACGAGGAGAUGUUGGUUCUCACUACUAGAGCCCAGACAUUUUUGUACAUGACCAGAGACUUUGAGAACGUGGCCGAUAUCACCAUCUCCCCCAAGGAUCUGCAAAGUUCACAGCAUGUGUCCGUUGGAUGGGGUAAGAAGGAGACACAGUUCCAAGGAAAGCGAGCCAAGGCUCUUCGGGACCCGACGGUGCCAGAGAAGAUCGACCAAGGAAUCCUGAGUAGCAACGACAACGGUGGCACUACAAUCAGCUGGCGCGGAGAUGGUGCCUAUGUUGCAGUGAACAGUGUCGAGGCCGAUUCUCGUCGUGUGAUCAGAGUUUACUCCCGAGAGGGUACUUUAGACAGCGUGAGCGAGCCUGUUGAUGGUUUGGAAGGCGCCUUGAGCUGGCGUCCCUCUGGAAGCCUCAUUGCAGGAAUUCAACGAAUCGAGAACCGAGUUGAUGUUGUAUUCUUCGAGCGAAAUGGACUCCGACAUGGCGAGUUCUCCCUUCGCCUAACCGAGGCUGAGAUGAGCACUUGGGCUUCUAGCAUUCACCUUGCCUGGAACGUGGACUCGACUGUACUUGCUGUGAAGUUCCUGGAUCGCGUGCAGUUCUGGACAACGGGUAACUAUCAUUGGUAUUUGAAACAAGAUAUUCCCAUUUCGAUUGUUUCAGGUUCCUCUCUUUCCUACUCCUUCGAAUGGCAUCAGGAGAAGGCCUUGCGAUUAAUCGCCGGCUCUUCAGGUUCGAUCAUGGAUGCGGAAUAUGUGUUCGACAUUACCCAUGGAUCUACCUCCAUUCCGGACGAUGUCGGUGCUACUGCGGUCAUUGAUGGAAAGAAUCUCAAGUUAACGCCACUGCGUCUCGCCGGUGUUCCACCUCCUAUGGCACACAAUGAACUUACCUUGGAGUCCAAUGCCAUCGACGUUGCAUUCAGCAAAUCAGGAACUAGAAUUGCCGUGCUCAUGAACAACAGAUUCUCCAUCUAUCUUUGGUCUCUGAAGAGCCGACCAGUCCCAGUUCCAAUCCUGGAGUCGAGCUAUCCCUUAUCAGAUGCCACAGAAAGUCGCCCUCGGCAGAUUGCGUUCUUGGAUGAAAAUGAGGUGUAUGUACUCAAAGACGACGGGCCAAACUCCAGCCAUAUUGAGCGAACUCAUCUGGAAACUCGAGUCACCGACUCAGUAUACCAAUCUGCAGACUCUGAGCAGUUAGCAUCAAUCUUUGCUGGCAUUGGACACCAAGCUUUGUGGCUGGCACAUACCCCUCAGCCAUCUCGCCCUGUCUGCUACUCGAGUAUUGAACCUUCACUGGAGGGCGUCAGUAUCGCACCCUGGGCUGAAAGCCCCAACAUUGACAGCCAUUGGGCUCGAGCUGUCUCUAUCUCUGAUCAGGAGCGCGUUUUGAUCACAAUGACGAGAACAGGUGGCUUGUACGCGAACAAAAGGGUUCUUGCGCGCAACUGCACAUCUUUCCUUGUGACUCCUUCCCAUCUCCUGUUCACCACCUCCCAACAUCUAUUGAAGUUUGUUCAUCUGAACCACGUGGAAGAGAUGGAAGUCCCCGAUGAUACUCCAGAGACCGAUGAACGUUGCAGAAGCAUCGAACGUGGCUCUAAGCUCGUUUCUGUGAUACCCUCAAUCUUUGCGGUAGUUCUCCAAGCUCCCCGUGGAAACAUCGAGACUAUCUAUCCCCGUGCUCUUGUCUUGGCUGGAAUUCGUACAUUCAUCGACCAGAAGAAAUACCGCUCUGCAUUCCUUGCGUGUCGCAGCCAGAUGGUUGACCUCAACAUCCUUCAUGACUAUGCCCCCGAACAAUUUAUGGAGAACGUUGGCUUGUUCAUCGACCAAGUGAAAAAGAUUGAAUACAUUGACGACUUCAUCUCACGCCUGUCUGAGGAUGAUGUGUCACAAACACUAUACAAGGAUACACUCAAAAUAUCUCAAACUGUAUCGGCGGCGGUUGCACAGCCAGAUGGCCAAGCUACUGCCCCGGUACUCAAGUUGGGCAAGAAAGAGAGCAAGAUCAACAAGAUCUGCGAUGCCUUCUUAACAACUCUCCAGCCACGCAUUGACACUAACCUGCAGAAUCUGAUCACAGCCCAUGUUUGCAAGUCUCCCCCAGACAUGGAGGCCGGACUUGCUCUUGCGGCAGGUCUGAGAACACAAAACCCCGAACAAGCUGAAGAUGCCAUUGAACACAUGUGUUUCUUGACAGAUGCACACAGGCUCUACUCCCAUGCAUUGGGAAUGUAUGAUCUGGAGCUAACCUUGCUGGUUGCCCAACAGGCUCAGAUGGAUCCUCGUGAAUAUCUUCCAUUCCUGCGUAAACUGCAACAGCUGCCUGAACUUCGACGUCAAUUUGAAAUUGACAACCAUCUCACUCGCUUCACCAAGGCUUUGAAUCAUUUGUAUGCUCUCAAUGCCCAUGAUGAGAUCCGGGCAUAUGUCGUCAAGCAUGUCUUGUAUAAGGAGGCGCUCGAACUUUACAAGUACCAAAGCGAGCAGCAACGAGAAGUCACUGAGCUUUAUGCAGACUAUCUUCAGGAUCAGUCCAAAUACAAGGACGCUGCAAUUGCUUACGAGUCUCUUGAACUUUACGAAAGCGCUUACAAGUGCUAUAACCUAGCACACAAGUGGCGCGAGUCGCUGUACUGUGCCAUGCUGGCAUCUCUUCCGGAGCAGGAGCUUGCUGACCACGUUGACGCCCUCGUCAACACCCUUGUUGAUGAAAACAAAGAUUACGUCUCAGCAGCAACGAUUUACGCCGACCACUUGCAAGACUACAUCACGGCUGCACGACUUCUUUGCCGGGGAUCCAAAUUCGCCGAUGCCGCUCGUCUUCUCACCCUGCACGGCAAGCGGGACAUGGUUGCUGAUAUCGUCGACUCAGGCCUAGCGGAAGCCAUGGGCAACAUGACCGACUUACUUGCGGACUGCAAAUCUCAACUCAAUGCCCAAGUCCCGCGACUGCGCGAACUGCGUCAACUUCGUGCGGCCGACCCACUCGCCUUCUACGGUGGCGACCCCACCGGCGGCGAGGGCGGCGUUGACAUCCCAGAUAACGUUUCACUGGCCCCUACAGACGCAUCUACUCUUGCUGGCCGCUCCAUGUUCACCCGGUACACAGGCAACACUGGUAAAACCGGCAAGACUGGAAUGAGCCGGCACACGUCCAAGACACGCCGUCGCGAGGAGCGCAAGCGUGCUCGGGGUAAGAAGGGCACUGUGUACGAAGAGGAGUAUCUGGUCAACAGUAUUCGCCGACUCAUGGAACGAGUCAACUCGAGCAUACCAGAAGCCGAGACUCUGGUCGAUGCUUUGUUGCGCCGCGGCAUGCGAGAGCGUGCAGCUGCCAUUGAGAAAGCUCUGCAGGAAGUCCUCACUAUGGGUGCUGAUUGCCGAGAUGAGGUCUUCGAGGUCCCUCCUCCUAAAGCAAAGACCGAGGAAGACGAGGAAGACGAGAAUGCCGACCCUAUGCCAUCUGCCACUGGAGGUGCGAAUGUACUUGCGGAGAGUAUCGCUAUUGUUGAGGGCGGUGCUGCUGCUCGUGUCAAGGAGAUUCCUGUCGUCAAAGAGAUGCGAAAGUCUUCUCUCCUUGCUUGA